UCCCCUCCUCCUCCUUCUCCUCCUCCUCCUCCUCCUCCUCCCCCAAGCUCUGCCAGCCAUGGAGGACACGUUCCUCAAGCAACUAAGCCAUCCCCGUAUCGACGAAGAAAGAGGCUCCUCCUGCCUCGGCAGGAGCGGCGGCGCAGGGUCCGUCGACUCCUCUGUUCUGGCGGAGGGGCGCGCAGCAGCCAGCCGGCGGCCGAGCACGGUCCUCUUGGCGGCCACCUACGCCGCGCUCUUCGUCGGAUCACUGUCCUCCUCUCUGCUCUCCCGAUUCUACUUCGUGCACGGAGGAUCCAACCGGUGGCUCUCCACCCUGGUCCAGUCCGCUGGCUUUCCCCUGCUUCUUCUUGCUAUUUAUUUAACUCAUUCCCCUGCCUCCGGCGGCCGCCCUUUCUAUCGCUUCACUCCUUCUCUCCUCUACCUCUCCAUCCUCCUCGGAGUCCUUGUCGGCAUCAACAACCUCCUCUUUUCCUGCGGCGUCUCCUACCUCCCCAUCUCCACCUCCUCGCUCCUCCUAUCCUCGCAGCUCGGCUUCACGCUCCUCCUCUCCGCGCUCCUCGUCCGCCACCCCCUCACCUUCUCCAACAUUAACUGCGUCGUCCUUCUCACCCUCAGCUCGGUCCUCCUCGCUCUCGACUCCUCCACCGAUCGCCCCGCCGGCGUCGACGGCCGCAGCUUCUUCCUCGGCUUCGCCGCCGCCCUCGGCGCCGCCGCCCUCGUCGCCGUUUACCUCCCCGCCACGCAGCUCCUCUACCUCCGCGUCUCCGGCUGCCGCGAGGCCGCCGAGGUGCAGGUCGUCGUGCAGGCCGCCGCCACCGCCCUCGCCGCCGCGGGCAUGGCCGCCGCCGGCGGAUGGCGCCGCGAGGACGCAUGGGACCUCGACGCCGCCGCCUACUGGUCCGUGGUGGGCUCCGCCGUGGUCAGCUGGCAGCUCUGCUUCGCGGGCACCGCCGGCGUGGUCUUCCUCACCUCCUCGGUCAACGGCGGCAUCUGCAUGACGGCGCUGCUGUCGGUCAACGUCCUCGGCGGGGUGCUGGUCUUCGGCGAUGAGUUCGGCGGCAGCAAAGCCGUCGCCAUGGCCCUCUGCCUCUGGGGCUUCACCUCCUACGUCUACGGCGAGCUGAAGCUGGAAAAGCUGGAAAGCAGCAAGGACGCGAUCAAUGAUGGCAACCCCUUAAUUAAUCCAUAAAAAAAAACCCACUCCCUGCUAGUUAAUUAAUCAUUAGUGCCAAACAACUAAUGACGCAUUACUGUUUUUGCUUCAAUUCCAUCUUUUCCUCCUCGUCUAAUCCUGCUGGUUACAAAUCAUAUAGUGGGGAGAUUAAUGGAGUUAAUUAGUUAAUUAAUGCGUGUACUUCCACUGCCAUAGCAAUUCUUUAUU